AAAAGCAGUUACUACUGGCUCAUAAAAUUCUGCUGUCCUUCAACUUCUGCUUUUUUCCCUGUACAAAAUAAUUGAAUUUUUAAAAGAUGAGGGGAAAGAUGGGAUAGAUCACAGAGCUUCCUCUCCGGACAUGGAUGAGAUGUACCUGAGGGAUCACCACCACCGCCACCAUCACCACCAGGAGAGCCGUCUCAACUCGGUCUCGUCCACGCAGGGCGACCUGGUGCAGAAGAUGCCGGGAGAGAGCCUCUCGCGGGCCGGCGCCAAGGCCGCGGGAGAGAGCACCAAGUACAAAAUCAAGAAGCAGCUGUCGGAGCAAGACCUGCAGCAGCUGCGGCUGAAGAUCAACGGCCGCGAGCGCAAGCGGAUGCACGACCUGAACCUCGCCAUGGACGGGCUGCGCGAGGUCAUGCCCUACGCGCACGGGCCCUCGGUGCGCAAGCUCUCCAAGAUCGCCACGCUCCUGCUGGCCAGAAACUACAUCCUCAUGCUCACCAGCUCCCUAGAGGAGAUGAAGAGGCUGGUUGGCGAGAUCUACGGGGGCCACCACUCGGCCUUCCACUGCGGGACCGUGGGCCACUCGGCCGGCCACCCUGCGCACGCGGCCAACGCGGUGCACCCGGUGCACCCCAUCCUGGGCGGCGCGCUCUCCACCGGCAACGCCUCGUCGCCGCUGUCCGCCGCCUCGCUGCCGGCCAUCGGCACCAUCCGGCCUCCCCACUCGCUGCUCAAGGCGCCCUCCACGCCGCCCGCUCUGCAGCUGGGCAGCGGCUUCCAGCACUGGGCCGGGCUGCCCUGUCCCUGCACCAUCUGCCAGAUGCCGCCGCCGCCGCACCUGUCCGCGCUCUCCACCGCCAACAUGGCCCGGCUGUCGGCCGAGUCCAAGGACUUUGACGCUUCUCACAGGGCACUGCGGUCUCGAGGCUGCGGAGGGGCCGGAGAGGCUGGGGGGCGGAGGAUGCAGAGGGGGUCCGCGCUCGCGGUGGUCCCCAGCCCCUCGCCUCAUCGCCCGUCUGCUGGGUGCAUGGCCGCGCCCGGCUGGGGGUCCCAAGGUCGGGGUCGAGUCCCGUAG